AAAAUAUCUGGCGUCGGAGCAACAUAUUUCCGAAAUGUUUGGUGAUCUUAGUUUACGAGAAAGUGAAAUAACUGAAAGUGAAGAAAGUGUGCCUGGUGAAAAACGUAUGUCUGAAGUAACUGAAGAAAGUGUGCCUCGAGCAAGUCCGGUGUGUGGUGAUGAAGAAAGUGUGCCUGGUGAAGAAUGUAUGUCUGAAGUAACUGAAGAAAGUGUGCCUCGAGCAGGUCCGGUGUCUGGUGAAAAAGAAAGUGUGCCUCAAUUAAGUCCGGUGGAAGAAGAUGCUGAUGAACCGCUCACAGAAGAGAACUUGAAAACAUUUUUUUUUCUUGCUAUCGCACCACCUAAUCAAACUCGGGGUCAAAACCAACAAGGAAGUACUGGAAGUUUCGAAUGA